AUGGCUUCCAUCGCUGCUCACGCCUCCCUCGCGCUUCCUGCGCGUGCAAUCCAUAGCAGUGCCGCACCGCAGAAGCUGCGGUCGUCAGUUCUCGGCCAACGCCUGGCCGUUACCGUUAAGAAGCACCUCGCCGCAGCCUGCCAGCGCAACACCUCCCCUAGAGCCGCUGCUGACGACGCCGCUCUUACACUUGCUAAGGCCCUUCCUCCCGCUGCUCUUGCUUCCCUCGUCCUAUCCCUCGCCGCAUCCCCCGCCGCGUUUGCCGAGGAUGUCGCUGCUCCCGCGACCCCUGUCUUCGGGACUGAGCUUCAAGUCCUUACUCCUGCCGCCGCUCCCUCAGCCCUGGAGCAGUCGUCCCUCUCUGCCCCUCCCGUGGCCACGGCUAACCGUCUAGAUCUGCCUGAGAGCACCACCUGGCGCUACAGCGAAUUCAUCAACGCGGUGCAGAGCGGUAAGGUGGAGCGCGUGCGGUUCAGCAAGGACGGCGCGUUCCUUCAGCUGACGGCCAUCGACGGCCGCCGCGCAUCCGUCACUCUGCCGAACGAUCCGAGCCUCGUGGACAUUCUGGCUCAGAACGGCGUUGAUAUCUCCGUCGCUGAGAGCGAGGGGGGCAACAACUACGUCGGGCUCAUCGCGAACCUGCUCUUCCCGCUGAUCGCGUUCGCCGGGCUCUUCUUCCUCUUCCGCCGCUCGCAGGGAGGCGCUGGCGGAGUCGGCGGCCCCGGCGGCCCCAUGGACUUCGGCCGCGCCAAGUCGAAGUUCCAGGAGGUUCCCGAGACGGGCGUGACAUUCAAGGACGUGGCAGGUGCUGAUCAGGCGAAGCUGGAGCUGCAGGAGGUCGUCGAUUUCCUCAAGAACCCUGACAAGUACACCCAGCUGGGUGCCAAGAUCCCUAAGGGCUGUCUGCUCGUGGGUCCCCCCGGUACUGGCAAGACCCUUCUCGCCCGUGCUGUCGCCGGUGAGGCCGGAGUGCCCUUCUUCUCCUGCGCCGCCUCCGAGUUCGUAGAGCUCUUCGUCGGCGUCGGUGCUUCCCGCGUCCGCGACCUCUUCCAAAAGGCCAAGUCCAAGGCCCCCUGCAUCGUCUUCAUCGAUGAGAUAGACGCCGUGGGCCGUCAGCGUGGCGCCGGUAUGGGCGGCGGCAACGACGAGCGCGAGCAGACGAUCAACCAGCUGCUGACGGAGAUGGACGGCUUCCAGGGCAACACGGGCGUCAUCGUUCUCGCCGCCACCAACCGUCCCGACGUCCUCGACUCCGCGCUGCUUCGCCCCGGCCGCUUCGAUCGCCAGGUGACCGUUGACCGCCCGGACGUCGCCGGGCGCGUGUCGAUUCUCAAGGUGCACUCGCGCGGGAAGGUGCUCGCGAAGGACGUGGAUCUCGACAAGGUUGCGCGCCGCACGCCCGGGUUCACCGGUGCUGAUCUGCAGAACCUCAUGAACGAGGCGGCGAUCUUCGCCGCGCGGCGCAACCUGAAGGAGAUCUCUAUGGACGAGAUCUCCGACGCGCUGGAGAGGAUCAUUGCGGGCCCCGAGAAGAAGGGCGCUGUGGUAUCCCCUGAGAAGCGCCGCCUGGUGGCCUAUCACGAGGCUGGCCACGCCGUGGUGGGCGCGCUCAUGCCGGAGUACGACCCCGUUGCUAAGAUCUCCAUCAUCCCCCGUGGCGGCGCUGGUGGGCUUACCUUCUUCGCCCCCAGCGAGGAGCGCCUGGAGUCGGGGCUGUACUCGCGGUCGUACCUCGAGAACCAGAUGGCUGUGGCUCUGGGAGGCCGUAUUGCCGAGGAGCUCAUUUUCGGUGCGGAGAAUGUUACCACUGGCGCUUCGAACGACUUCAUGCAGGUGUCGCGUGUGGCUCGGCAGAUGGUGGAGAGGCUCGGGUUCAGCAAGAAGAUUGGGCAGUUGGCUCUCGGUGGUGGCGGAGGGAACCCGUUCGUGGGCCAGCAGGUGUCAAACGCAACUGAGUACUCGAUGGCUACGGCUGAUUUGAUUGACUCGGAGGUGAGGGAGCUGGUGGAGAGGGCGUAUGCGAGGGCCAAGACCCUGCUGACUGAGAACAUUGAUGUGAUGCACCAGCUGGCCGAUCUGCUGAUGGAGAAGGAGACGGUGGAUGGGGAGGAGUUCAUGAGCCUGUUCAUUGAUGGUGAUGCUAAGCUCAUGUUGAACUAG